AUGGGAAAGUUUUUAAUUAAAUUAGUUACGGCAAUGCUUGUUUGCACAAUCGCUGUUGCUGCUUCUGAAUGUAACGAAGGAUUCUACGGAAAUCAUUGUGAAUGUUCACUUGAAGAUUCUGAAUUGAAUUUAUUGAAUAAAAACUCGAAAUGUCGUCCAGAUAAACAAUCACUCGAAUGCAAUGGACGAGGAAAAUGUGUUUGUGGCGGCUGUCAUUGCGAACAUCGCCCCAAUCCUGAUGAAGUAGUCAGCGGACAGUUCUGUGAAUGUGACAACUUCUCUUGCGAUCGUCAUAAUGGCAUACUCUGUUCUAGUCAUGGAAUUUGUGAAUGUGGACUAUGUCGAUGCCACGAUGGAUGGACUGGAGAUGCUUGCGAAUGCAGCACAUCAGUUGAAGAUUGCACAGCACCAAAUGGAGAGAUUUGUUCUGGAUAUGGAUACUGCAAAUGUGGCGUAUGUGACUGUAAAAUCAAUAAGUUGGAAAACUAUGCCUACACUGGAAAAUAUUGUGAACACU